UAGGAUGCUCAGGUAGGCGCGAGUUUCCUUGGCUCCGCCCCUCCCUCACCUGCCCAGGUAUAAAUGGGGGAGCGCGCGCGCCGCCCGGGCAGUUCAUACCCACUACCAGGUUGAAGAAGGUCGGUUGUCGUGACAGCCACUUAGUGUUGAGAUUUUGGUGAUUGUGACUCAUUUCUUACGGGCUUAACGUACUUCUCGGAGCCUCGCGGUGCUCUGGCCGAGAUGGACGGCGCUGGUCUAGUUUACCAGCAGAUGGUGCACGCUUUUACCGACGCCUACGCUAACGCCCUGUGCGCCGCCCGCCCGCCCACGCCCGACAGCGACUACGGAUCGCUCAGCCCCGCGUCGUCGCCGCCUCCAAGUCCUACCAGAGUCUGCCUGUCGACAGCGACUAAGCCGCCGGGAGCCUCCGACGCCUGGGCGCCCUUCACGAUGGCCCAGCAGGGACAGCAGGCGUCCGCCCCUGCCGUCUCCCCUUCCACGUACGCGGCAUACCCAGAUUACGCCCAGCUCUAUGCCACGUCGGGACUCAUGUACAGCAAACAUAGCAGCGGCAGCCCUCCUCACAGGGGCGCCUCCGCCUCCCCCUCCACGCCCCAUAACGCGCCUCAUCACAACCAACACAAGGUCGACCUCCACAGAUCUUCGCCGGCGUUCCAGGCGAGUCCGAGCCCCCUGUCAGCCAUGAAGGCCCCGCCGUCUCCCCUCGUGUCCAUCGAGAACAAGCGGGAGCAGCAGCGCCUGGGAGUCCCCACCGCCGCGACGACGCCCUCCUCCAAGACGGCCAGGACCUCCCGCUCCAGCAGCGGCGUCCGGUGCGGCGCCAGGAAGCAGCGGACGGGCCGCGAGGUGACGGACGGCGUGCGGAAGAAGCGGAGACUCGCCGCCAACGCCCGCGAGCGCCGCCGGAUGGACAACCUCAACCAGGCCUUCGACCGACUUCGAUCCGUCCUCCCGCAGCUGUGCGACGAUCAGAAGCUCUCGAAGUACGACACCCUGCAGAUGGCGCAGACCUACAUCACGACGCUGGCCGAGCUCAUCUAGCCCUCGGGUCGACCGACUCGAGGCUUAGAGGAUGUCCCUCCCCCCCGCCCCCGCGGUCUGCUUGCUCAUGUGUCGAGUGAUUGCAGGGCUAAUUCCUCGGAAAGGUCUUGCAAGAGGCACGCCAUCACCCUUCCCGCCCUGGAGCGCCACACUUGGACGAGUUGGAGCGAUGACCUGCACGACGACGGUUCCUCGUAAUACUUGAGAGUUUAAGUAUUUUCCUUUUGAUCUUUAUCUUACUUGCAGCGGGAAUAUCCCUUUUCCGUUGCCGUGAAGGAACGUCUUAGUUUUAGUGUCAGACUCCAACGCUGCAAUACUUGAUCUCUCAAAAUAAGGCAAGACAACAGGGCACAACCAAAAACAAAGGAACAGAUAAGUUUACAAGUGCAAUAGAAACACCGGCAACAGAGAGC